AAAACCAUGGCGGGCAAAACGAUGACCACGGUGAUGGUCAUUUUAGUAGUGACCAUUGGGAUACAAAGUGAGGAUAUCCCCGAUGGCCCUUACAGGGAUAUAGUGAAUGACCUUGGCUUUGUAAUGAACAAGGGGCUGAUAACGCCGUCAUCUCAACGAAUAGUGGACACAGCAUUGGAGAAACUUGACGAGGAAUGGGUAGAUGAUGAUAUCGAUGAAAUGAAGAACGAUUUUCUUGACGAUGACUCGGACUUGAACAUUAAUGAGGAAGAGUCACAUGUGGGAUCACGUACCAAGAGGUUUCUACUGAACAAAACCAGUCGACUAUGGCCAAAGUGUGUAAUCCCUUACACAUUGAAUAUGACAACACUAGAACCGGAUAAGAUCAGUGCGAUUCAUGCAGCCAUGGCGAUGUUUGAAUAUUGGACUUGUUUUCGAUUUGUUCCUUGGACGACGACAACAGGUUAUGACCUUGGUUUGGGACACGACAACCAUCUGAACUUCGGUAAACACUCAGGAUGCUGGUCUCAUGUUGGUAUGAUGUCAACAGGGAAAUCAGGGCAGAAUAUUUCCUGCUGUAAAGGGAACACAUGUAUACACGAGAUCGGACACGCACUUGGCUUCAGUCACGAACAGCAGAAUCCAUAUAGAGAUGAUUACGUCCGAAUUAACUAUGAAAACAUCAAACCAGAUAACGCAUACGCCUUUCACAAAGUGAAACCACAUAAGAGGGCGUUGUUUCCAUGGAGAUACGAUUAUACUUCCGUGAUGCACUAUGGUUUAAAGGCUUUCAGCAAGAACGGACGACCAGUAAUAACUCUGCUUGAUCCACAUAUGAAGUACCUUGUGGGAGAAAAGGAUUCGCAGUUCUAUUACUUUCUACGAGAAGCUGAGCAUGUAUAUAAAUGCACAGAUGAAAAGUGUCCUAACUUUGACGCCACUUGUGCCUAUGAUGGUUACCUAACCUUCAGAGAAGGUCGGUGUGUAUGUCGCUGUAUCGCUGGACUAAAUCCCGAUACCAACUGCACAAGUAUUGAAGGCGUAGACAAAACACUGAAAAACAUGCUGUGGCCUUCGGGAGGUUUCGCCAUCUUGAAGGUUAAGGACGUAGAUUGUCCGGAGGGUUCCGAAGUAGGCUCCGUUACCCACUUCGGACAAGGAGAGCGAUCAUUUGACUACAAUGUGGCCGGAAGUGUAUCGGCAGAAGCUACUGAACUUGAAUUCUGUACGUUCAGUUCUAUACAUUCUGAGAAGUCGACCGAUUGGUCUCCUGGAGAGUACUGUGUGUCACGUGCGGGAGGAUCAUGUCCGGAAGGGUUUACGAAUGGGUUCUUGCAGUAUGCAGAUGCGAGACCUCCCAUUACAUCCGGGACUUUACCCGACGGAAAUUUCACACUCCAUGCAAGGUUUGAGUUCUGCUGCAGAAGUGACGGAAAUAAAGACAGUCCUAUAGAACUUCCGGUGAGCCAACCGUUUCUGUUGUGGAAAAAGAAUAGACAGGGUUGCCAGAAAGUGAAAGGUACGGUUAGCUUUCCACAAUAUUUUGAAUUCGUAAAUCGGCGAAUGAGACGACUAGCCACACUACAGAAACCAUUACCUUUGUUAAACAGACGAUACAGAAAGCUGAAGCUUCAUGUUUGUCUAUACUGGCCGAUACAGAAAGGUUGCGGUGACAUCAUCCAUUUGACGGAAUCUAACGCUGUCCAGGAACUGACGUCACCAGACUACCCCGCCUCCUACCAGCCGUUCUCCGUGUGUACCUGGGUAAUACAGGGUCCUCCUAAUUCAACGAUACUACUAAAAUUUCCGGAGUUCGAGAUUCCAGCUUCGACUGUCGAUCCCUCUCUUUGUCUGGAUAAAAUGGAGAUUCGAUCUUUUCUGCCUGGGCAGCCAGGGAUAUCAUACUGUGGUAGCGGUUUCCGGUCUUCAAUCGUGUCCCAGUCAAACAUCAUGUCUCUCAUUCUACACUCGCAGACUCCACAGGCUGGGAAACGUCAUUUCCGGGCUAGCAUAUCCAUUUCGCCUGAAGAUAAGGAGAUGUGCUACCACCCAAGUGACAAGGGCUGGACCUACAGAGGAGAUGUUAACUUCACGCAUGAUUUCCAGAGUUGUCUCCCCUGGCGGAACGUCACCCACUGCCAUCACCACGAGUUUAGGGAAGGAGACCGUUUUGCUGGCCUAGACGGAAACAAAUGUCGGAGUCCAGGAUCAGGUACACGACCUUGGUGUUAUACAAAUGUUGAAGACUGUCAACGAGACUACUGUGAUGUAUGUGGUAUAGGUGGAUGUUUCGAUAUCCUUGACGACUGCACGUCUUCCCUGUCUGUUGAUUCCAUGUACUGCUCUCUCGGCCGUCAUAUAAAGGAAGGGGUAGUCGGCUGUGCACGGACAUGUGGUCUUUGUGACACUCAAAACAGUGUCCCAGCAUCGGCCAAGCGAUGUCUUAGUCCAGCACUUCCUGUUGACGCAGAGUGUAAGGAUUCACUAAAGGCAUCCUUCAAGGUCGGUGAGAACGUCCAUUUCCGGUGUAUUGAUGGUGGAAACAUCCGGAGCCUUACUUGUUUGACCGAUGGCACAUGGGCGGGCAAAGGACGUGUUUGUCAGGUUUGCCCUGAUGACUGGAGAAUAUUGGGCGACCACUGUUACAAGUUUUUUCCUGACCCCGUUAAAGAACCGGAAGCUGUCACACGAUGUAAAAAAGAGGGAGGACAGGUCGCCAUGGUAAAAAUGCCAUCCGAAAAAAAAUUCAUUCACAAUUUGUUAUUAAAGAGCCCUUCAGAUGUUUGGUUAGGACUAAACGACAAACAAUCAGAAGGAAGGCUAGUAUGGACAGACGAUACUCCACUUGAUAAUGAAAAAUCGGAUCUAUACUGGAAUAAAGAUAAAAUGACGAACAGAAGAGGAAGAGAUUGUGCCAAAAUGAACAAGAGCGGUUAUUUGGUGAUGCGAAGAUGUUCGGCUAGAGAAGCCUACAUCUGUCAAAUCCCCAUUACCUUUCCGUCUAAGUGUCUCGACGAUCGUUCAGACUGUGCAUCACUUCUGGAAGAUCAACCUGAUUUUUGUAACAAAUUUCGUGGAUUUGCGAUUAGAUCAUGUGCUGCCACCUGUCGGGUUUGUGAAAACUCAACAAAAAGGUAAAGAGGUAA